UAUAUGUAAAUAAAAAAAUCAACAGUUUCCAAAUAAUUUCAUUUGUUUAUUGGUGCGGGAUUCUUUGGCGACCCCAUUUCAUUGUUGUACCACUUACUGAAGCAUUUGUUGCUGUAUUUAUGUGCCAUUUUUUUGUUAGUGCCUUUGCGCGGUAUUUACGCGUAAAUUUUCGAAAGUAGUUGGCCUCCUGAAGUGGCAAGGGGGCGUGCUGACUGCACUGACAACGUCAACGGCGAUGACAACAACAAUUGCAGCAAAAGCAGUGCAACAUCAACAUACAGCAAACACGAAGUGAACGAACGCAAAAAAGGCUCCACAAAUCAAUGCCGGAAGAUUCAUCAUCAAACGAAACAAAAACUCUUUCAACUUUGACACAAACGACAUUUGUUCAGGCAAAAGACAAACACCGAAACAAUUGUACACUUUCUCGAAAGAAAGGAAAUAGUGAAGAGCAAAAAGAAAUAACACAAGUUGGUCGUUAAGCUCCACACAAAAGCAUCGGUUUCAGUUAAACAAUACUAUCUCUUCUAUCAGCUAUCAUUCAACCAAGUUAUCGCCCUUUUCCUCGCCAGCGGCAGGCUUAAAGCGCCAUCAGAGAAGUUUUGUCGUCAUGUGUGCGAAAUGUCUUGCACACACAACUGUCAUUAAAUGACAAAUGGUUGACAUCAUCACUCACUUCCGAAGCCGGUUGCAAAAACAACAGAGACAACCGCUAGAAAAAGAGAGUAAAACUGUAAAUAAAAUUAAGAAGAGAAAGAAGAUACAUAUAAAGGAAUCACUAUCUCUUUGGCGUAAAGGAAAAACUCUCAUCAAGUGUACUGGUGACGGCAUGGCCAUAAGCCGGGGGCGCGGCAAUCGCACGCACUCUUGGUUUUUGCUUAAGGACUCGGUGAUACUUGUACUUGCGAUGUGCAUAUUACAGCUGCUGCAGGCGCAUGCCUUAAGUAAACUAAUAAUAAGCGCAGAGAUGUUGCCGGUGAGCAAAGGCGACGCCGUGAUUGUCGAGCGUGAGCGCAAACCCAGCACCGUCAGUACGACAAAUAACAAUGCAAUAAAAGAAGUAGAGAAUGAAACGAAGAAGUUUUUAGAAGAAAUUAUUUUAAGUAAGAAUUUAAUAGAGGAAACCAAAGACGCGGCUCGAGAGGAGCCUGCGAACGCCGUCAACAGUAUUAGUUUUGACAAGAUUAGUAAUAAAUAUUGUAAUAACAAUAGUAGUGGUAAGGACAAUAGAAAUGAAAGUGGCAAUAACAAGACAAACAAUACAUCAAGCUCAAGGGACUCGAUCCUCGUGUCGAGUAGCGAGCAUAGAUUAAGCAGCCAAACAGUUGCUAAACCCACAACGUCCAGCGAAGUUGUGGAACUUACGCCGAGUAGCAAUGAAACUGCCAACGGUAGUCAAUCCGCGCCACAGUACAAAACAAACAUACACAAUAAUACGUUACGCAUCCUAGCCAUGGCCACCAUGGCUAAUCAGCCUGCAACACCACAUACGCGCGGUUCUAAUUUUACAACUAUUAAUGUCACAGACACCAUCAGCGACCGUCACAUGGCUAUAUCGAUGCCUGAACUAAUACGAGAAAACGUUGUGCUGCCAUCGGUGGAUCCAGAAAAGGAAGCACAGUUGUUGUAUGAGCAAACUCUACUGGAGUAUCAUGGCAGUGUGCGAGCUGCGGCGGAGGCGGCGGCUGCAGCUGCCACAAAUAAUGCGCCUUUGUCGACAGUGGAUACCUCAUUGGCGAAUGGUGGGCAGGCGUCAUUUGCGGCUGCCGAAAUCGCUGAACGACAACCACGCACACUGCACAGCGUGUGUGAAAUGUGGACGCAGAAGCACUGCCAUUGUACGGGCACAUUGGAGCGUCUGUCUUUAAGUUGUCGUAAUAUCGGCGUGGUUGCGCCGCCAGUGGAGCUGCCAGAUUUUGUUGUAUCAUUAGAUUUAGGAAACAACAAUAUAACCACACUCGAGGCUAACACAUUUUUCAUGGUACCAAACCUCGAAGAGCUAACUUUAUCCGACAAUAGCAUCAUUAAUAUUGAUCCGAAUGCAUUUUAUGGACUUGGUAAAUUGAAACGUUUGAACUUGCAAAAUUGUGGCCUUAAAUCACUGGCAGCGAACACGUUUCAAGGAUUGAAGAGCUUAAUAUCACUCCAGUUGAACGGCAACGCCUUAGCCAGCAUGGACACGGAUAGCCUGCAGCAUCUGCCAAAAAUACGCACGCUACGCCUCGAGGGUAAUCUAUUUUAUCGGAUACCUACAAACGCUUUGGCUGGAUUAAAGACACUCGAAGCACUUAAUCUUGGAAGUAAUCUUUUGACAAUAAUCAACGAUGACGAUUUUCCACGUAUGCCAAAUUUGGUUGUGCUUUUAUUGAAGCGCAACCAAAUCAUGAAAAUCUCUGCGGGAGCAUUUACAAAUUUAACGGCUUUAAAAGUGCUAGAACUGGACGACAAUUUGAUAAACAGUUUACCGGAGGGAUUAAAUAAGUUGACGCAUUUACAGGAGCUUUCAGCUACUAGCAAUCGUUUGCGUUGGAUCAACGAAACGGAUUUACCGAGAAAUUUACAAAUGCUUGAUUUUCGCGCGAAUCCGCUUUCAAUAAUUACGCCAAAGGCCCUGCGUGGCAUGUCAAGAUUACGCAAAUUGAUACUCUCCGAUGUGCGGUCGCUUAAAGCUUUUCCCGAUCUGGAAGGUUGUUUCUCUUUAGAGAUUAUAAAAUUAGAUCGUGCUGGUAUUAAAGAAGUGCCCACAAACCUAUGUCGUCAAACACCAAGACUGAAAAGCUUUGAGCUUAAAACUAAUUCCUUAGUGCGCAUUCCCAAUUUAACUAAUUGCAGAGAAUUAAGACUGUUAGAUCUUUCAAGUAAUCACAUAGAAUCGUUGAGUGGACGACCCUUUGUUGGCCUUAAACAACUACACGAUUUGCUGCUCUCCUAUAAUCGUAUAAAAGCGAUACCACAGGAUGCCUUCGUUGGUAUACCACGCCUGCAGUUGCUAGACUUGGAAGGUAAUGAGAUCACCAGCAUACACAAAGAGGCCUUUGUACCAUUCGUCAAGUUGGAGAACCUUAACUUAGGCAAUAAUGUGUUUCCGGAACUACCGUCGGCCGGUUUGAGCAAACUCUUGCAUUUAAAGACUUUUAACAAUCCAAAGUUGCGUGACUUUCCAGCGCCGGACACGUUUCCUCGCAUACAGACCCUCAUACUUUCGUACGCUUAUCACUGUUGUCCAUUCCUUCCAUUGGUGGCGAUGUCCGCAACAAAGAAACCACCGCUGGUGCAAGAAGCUGUUCUCUUUCCAUCCGACUCGGAAUUUGAUAUGAGCUUGUGGAAUAAUAGCAUGAUGGACAUAUGGCCACAGAUGCAAAACCUCAGCAAGAAGUUCGGUAACCAAAUGCACGAUUUGUGGGACAACUUCGGUCAGGACUUUAAUUAUCCCGGCAACCUACCAACUUACGUGGAGGAAUACUUCGAGGAGGACGCCACUGGCACCACGACGACUUCAACGGGCAUACCUAGCAGUUUUGCGGGUUUCAGCACUGGCCUUUUUGGCACAAUCGACACUGAUAUAACACCGGGCUCUAUACAGUGCCUACCAAUGCCGGGCCCUUUUUUACCUUGCACCGACUUAUUCGACUGGUGGACUUUGCGUUGUGGAGUUUGGGUUGUUUUUCUUUUGGCAUUGUUAGGUAACGGUAUUGUUGUCAUAGUGUUGAUGUUCUCCCGCUCAAAGAUGGAUGUACCGCGCUUUUUGGUAUGCAAUUUGGCUGCCGCUGAUUUCUUCAUGGGCAUCUACCUCGGCAUACUUGCCAUAGUGGACGCCUCAACACUAGGCGAAUUUCGAAUGUUUGCCAUUCCUUGGCAGAUGUCGUUCAUGUGCCAGUUCGCCGGUUUCUUAGCGGUGCUCUCAUCGGAAUUGUCGGUUUACACGUUGGCUGUGAUAACGCUGGAGCGCAAUUACGCAAUAACGCACGCAAUACAUUUGAAUAAGCGCCUGUCGUUGCGCCAGGCCGCCUACAUCAUGGCUGUGGGCUGGACAUUUGCACUUGUAAUGGCAAUUUUACCAUUGGUGGGUAUCUCGGACUACCGUAAGUUUGCUGUCUGUCUACCUUUCGAAAUCACGACAGGCGUAUCCAGCUUGGUGUAUGUCAUUGCGCUGAUGUUCAUCAACGGUUGCGCCUUUCUGACACUUAUGGGCUGCUAUCUGAAAAUGUACUGGGCCAUAAGAGGUUCACAGGCAUGGAAUACCAAUGACUCAAGAAUCGCGAAACGUAUGGCACUACUCGUUUUUACCGACUUCGUUUGCUGGUCGCCCAUUGCCUUCUUCUCCAUCACUGCCAUCUUUGGGCUGCAAUUAAUCUCCCUCGAGCAGGCGAAAAUAUUCACCGUCUUCGUCUUACCUUUGAAUUCAUUCUCGAAUCCUUUUCUAUAUGCCAUUAUGACGAAGCAAUUCAAGAAAGAUUGCAUUGCACUCUGUAAGCACUUCGAGGAACGACGUGUGACACGUGGCGCCGCUACUGCAGGAGCAACAUUACCCGAUGGCCUUCAUAGACGUGGUGGUGUACGUGCCACCAAAGAGCUGCCACCUUUAUUGCCCGCGACACACCCACCUGGUUGCCGUUGUUUGCGCAUGAUGCCAAAUGAAAUGCCGAACUGGCACAAGUUCCAAGGACGCGAGCGUGCUCGUGACACAUGGUCCUGCAACGUGUGGCACCGCCUAACAAUUUGUUGUCACUGCGCCGAUGCGGACAAUGACGACGAUGAUGAUGUGCUAACACCUGAGACACGCCGCAAAGGUGGUCGUCGUCAGCGUAAGACCCACAAAUCGAACAAUCGUCACACACGCACGCGUUCCCACCAAACCAAUACCGAUCCGUACCUUUAUCAAUUCGCCGAGUUAAAGCAAAAACAGAAACAGACACGCGCCAGCUCGAUAUCCAGUGAGAAUUUCUGCUCAUCACGUUCGUCUAGUUGGCGUAAUGGACCACCGUCGGCGGGCGCGCUACCACACACAUGCAACAUACCAAUGAAAAUGAUGGAUCCGAAUCGUAGGCGGCAUUCAGCAUGGUUGAUAACGCGUAAAACUUCACAAGACUCGAAUUUAUCGAGCUCGCGUAAUGAUAGCUCAGCGUCAGCUACAACUGCAAGUACCUCAACUUUCCGGCUAUCGCGUUCAAGUGCGGGCAGCACAACGCCACUGCCAUCGAUUAUGGCACAUAGUGGUAAAUCUCAACAACAACAGGUGCAACAACAUACUACGCUGCCUGCGAAACCACGUCUCGUACGCCAGGAGGCAGUACAAGAGGAGGAGGACUCUUCACCACCGCGUCUCGGUGUACGCUUUCUACCCACCAUACCAUCAGCCGCUGACAGUUCAAUUAUUAUGGAAGAUGGCGACUCGUCCAUGAAUGUAGCCAGCGUAAUGGGCAUGCCGUUGCCAGGAGCAGCAAGUGGUUUCUAUACGGUGUUGAAGGCCCAGAGUAGCGGUGCAGCGAAAACGGUGCUCACCUCGACGUCCGCUAGUCCGCCAGUGGAAGACCAACCACCAUGACACUGUUGGCCGUGGAGGAGUACAAGGAGAGAAAAGUAUCAGGCAACAACAAAUGAUCGCAAGAGGAAACAUUGUAUUAAUGAGGCAUUUCUUUGACGCUUUUAUAGCUGUUCAAUCACUAUAAAGUGCCGCCUUUUUGCAGAUGUAGAAUUAAGAUUUUAAAAACUCCUUUGACAUUGGUUUUU